UCAUUCCACCUUGUCUGAUCCCUCCAAAUUGAGGCACCUCAGUCUGAGUCUUUCUUCUAAGAAAAUUCAACAGCAUAAAAAUUUGACCUUUACUUUCCCACUUACCGUAAAUUCUGACCAAACAAGAAUGUAGCAAGAAAUUGGCAAACUUUCGGACCAACCAACCAACCAAUUGAGUCCCUUUCCGCUUAAACACCUAUGCUUGAUAAAUUCUUCUGUGUUAUUCUUCAAAUCAAAUCUGGAGUGUGUCUGAUCAAGAAGUAAGAUAUUACGAAUACUACUUUUCGAAGCAAAAAAGUUUCCCACUUUCUAUUUAAUUUGCUGAGCCUGCAAUAGAGUUUUGAAGAAGAAAGAUAAAAGCAUAAGGUAGAUGCAGAGACGAGAAGAGAAGUAGCAAAAAUGGUUGUGAGAAAAGUGGGGAAGUACGAGGUAGGGCGGACGAUCGGUGAAGGGACAUUCGCCAAAGUGAAGUUCGCGCAAAAUACGCAGACAGGUGAAAGUGUUGCUAUGAAAAUUCUUGAUCGAAGUACCAUAAUCAAGCAUAAGAUGGCUGAUCAGAUCAAGAGGGAGAUAUCUAUAAUGAAGCUUGUCAGACAUCCUAAUGUUGUUCGUCUUCAUGAGGUUCUUGCUAGUCGCACUAAGAUCUAUAUAAUCUUGGAGUACAUCACAGGUGGUGAAUUGUUUGAUAAAAUAGUUCAUCAUGGACGACUUAGUGAGGCUGAGGCUAGGCGAUACUUCCAACAGCUUAUUGAUGGUGUGGAUUUUUGCCACAGUAAGGGUGUCUACCACAGAGAUUUGAAGCCUGAAAAUCUUUUACUUGAUUCACAAGGAAAUUUGAAGAUAUCAGAUUUUGGUCUAAGUGCAUUGCCAGAACAUGGAGUUAGUCUACUUCGGACAACAUGUGGAACUCCUAACUAUGUAGCACCUGAGGUACUUAAUCACAAAGGUUAUAAUGGUGCUGUGGCAGAUGUAUGGUCUUGUGGGGUCAUCCUUUAUGUUCUGAUGGCUGGAUAUCUUCCAUUUGAUGAGCUUGAUCUCACAACGCUGUAUAGUAAGGUUGAAAAAGCUGAUUACUCAUGUCCGUCCUCGUUUCCAGUGGGAGCCAAAUCAUUAAUUCAUAGAAUUUUAGACCCAAAUCCGGGAACUCGUAUUACGAUUGAUCAGAUCAGAGAUGAUGAAUGGUUUAAGAAAAAUUAUGUUCCUGUCAGACUUCUUGAAUAUGAAGAUGUCAACCUGGAUGAUGUGAAUGCCGUUUUUGAUGACUCUGAGGAAGGACAGACUAAUAAGCAAUAUGGGAUUGAGGAUAUGGGCCCUUUGAAUCUCAAUGCCUUUGACUUAAUAAUUUUAUCUCAAGGCUUGAACCUCGCAACACUAUUUGACUGUGGAGAGGACUCUGUGAAGCAUCAGACACGCUUUGUGUCACAGAAGCCAGCAAAGGUUGUUUUGUCGAGUAUGGAAGUUGUUGCACAAUCAAUGGGGUUUAAGACACGCAUUCGUAAUUAUAAGAUGAGAGUGGAAGGUCUUUCUGCAACCAACACCACUCAUUUCUCAGUCAUCUUGGAAAUAUUUGAAGUUGCUCCCACAUUUUUUAUGGUGGAUAUUCAGAAAGCUUCUGGAGAUGCCUGUGAAUACGUCAAGUUCUACAAGAAUUUUUGUAGCAAUCUUGAUGAUAUUAUCUGGAAAGCACCUACUGAAUCAAGCAAAUCAAGGAUCACCAAGUCAAAGAGUGAAAAGCAUUGACUUUGUUGCAUCAUAAUCUGAAGUUUUACACUGGAUUAAUGCUCAGAUCGGCUUUUUUUUAUACGAUCAUGUAUAAUUCUUUUUUCUGUUUUUUAAACUCAGUUUUUAAUCAGUAAAACCUAGUAAUUUUUCAGCUGCAGUUUCAGGGUAUUUUGGUUUGAUUUGAAGUAAUUUUUCAGCGGCAUAAAGUCCUAUUUCCUUAUGUCACACAUACCCUGUAAUCAAGAGCGGUUGUGUGAUCUCGUUGGUGCAGAGUCCAUUUUCUUGGUGAAAUUAAAAGCUUCCUCUGAGUCUCCUAAUCUCACAAACUUAUCAGCCAGGCAUACGAAAUGGUACAUCACAGACUUGAAAAUUGUGAUCUUUGCGUCAUCUUGAAGUAACUGAGUGCUUAAUGGACCGUUGGAUCUUGGAUGUAAGCUGAAAACAUCCCAAAAAACCCUAAACCCUUGUAAUUUGUUUUUUCAUCAAUAACAAAUAUAAUAGUGAUUUAUCUA